AUGACCGAAGAAGUUGAAACGGUAGAUUUGACACCACAAACAAAAAGUUCAGAACCAUUGUCAAAACCUGUCAAAGAACUUACAGAUGAAGAAAAAAAUUCAAUAAUAGAAAGUGCCAGGUCUGGAAAUACAAACCCUAACUAUAAAGUCACUUUUCAUAGAAAUGGAACGGCUAGUAUCUCAAAAAAGAAACAGACUCUCACAAAUAAAAUAUUGAAGUCUGAAGGAGCUUUCGAGACAACAGAUGGAAAAGUUUACUUCACUGACCAACAGUUCAUUAUAGAACAUCUCAUUGACUUAGAGUCGAAAUAUUCUAAACUUUACAACAAACACAAAAAGUUGAAAGGAAAACAAAAACAA